AUGCCAUCAUCAACAAGUAACAACACUAUCAACUCUACCAGCGCAACUUCCUCUCCACUUAACUUUCCUCCAAUUACUGAGCAACAUAUAAGAAACUGUUCCUUCUCCUCUUGGUAUGAAAACUUCAAGAGAAUCACGUUAAAGUCAAAGAUAAUAAAGCCAUUGCCAGAUGAAUUUAUUAAAUAUUUACAUGCGGAUGGUGUCUAUUUACCAGAUAGAAACUAUUUGGAGGGUAUUCAUGCUGGAGAGAUAAGCAGCGAUGAAGAAUAUGGAUUAGAAAAAGAAAUCUGGGAUAUAGUGAAUGGGUUUGGUGGUGCAGUAUUUCCAAAACUUAACUGGAGCUCCCCAAAGGAUGCAACCUGGAUCUCGACGACCAAUACGCUAAAGUGUAAUUCACCAUCAGACAUUUUUCUUCUACUAAAGUCGUCGGACUUUAUUGCACAUGAUCUUGAUCACGCUUUCGAAGAAUGUUAUUAUGAGGAUGAGGACGUUUCUAGGAAACUACCUUCCGACGAAUUUGAAUUAGUACUCCGAAAGUGGUAUGACGUGGCUCCAUCAAUGGAGUUUCGAUGUUUCGUAAAGGAUAAUGAGAUUGUGGAGAUUAAGGACGAAUUGGAAACAAGUAUCACCAACUUUUUUGAAUCCAAUAUUAAAGAAAGGUUUCCUGAUAGUAAUUACGUAAUUGAUGUAUACAUAAGCAGGAAUAGGGAACGUGUAUGGUUAAUGGACUUUAAUCCGUUCGGGCCAAUGACAGAUUCUCUGCUCUAUAGUUGGGAAGAGAUCUUAACUCGUCCCUCAUCUCCCAAGCUCCGUCUCGUCACUAGCCAAGCAGAGGCAAGUCAGUCACACAACAUGGCCUACUCUGUCAACAGAUAUCCACGGGAAAUGUUUGAUUUCUCACAGGGACAGACAGUUGCCGAGUUUGCUGAGAGGUUCCAGAAUGCGCUGGCUGUUUCCGGAAGAGGUAAUGAUGAAGAAAGUGAAAAUGAAUGA